AUGCAUGGCCGCGUCUCCGCGGCGGCGCCGGGACUCAUGACGCAACCGGCCAUAUGUAGGGGGCACGGCAACAGCAGGAGGCGGCAGCAGUUGGGCGCGGUGGCAGCGGCGGCGCCGCUGGCACAGUCGGCAGCAGCGGUGCAGGAGGGGGCCGAGGUGGUGGGAACCGUGGUGUGGGCCGGGCCCAAGGGCGCCAAAGUGCUGCUGCCUGAUGACACCAUCGGCUUCAUGCCAUCCCGUGAGGCCCCCUUUGUGAUAAGGGACGCAUUGGAGGAUCGGGCGACCCCUGCAGGCCGCGAGGGGCCCUGCCUGCCCAAAGGUCUCGUGCGCACAUUCAAGCACAAGGAGAAUUUGAAGGUGACUGUGGAGGGUGCCAACAAUGGAGGGCUGUUGUCCCGCCUGAACGGGCUCUCCCUUUUUGUGCCUGUGUCACAACUAGAGAAGAAGGGGCACAACGAGUGGUGGACGGAGCAGGCAAGCGUGGAUAUGACAGCCCAGUUUGCUGGACAGGAGGUGGGCACCCUUGUCACUGGCAGCGUGCGUCGCAUAGAGCCAUUUGGAGUGUUUGUGGGCAUCAAUAACACUCGCGUUAGCGGCCUGCUCCACAUCUCAAACGUCUCGCGGCAGCACAUUGAGACUGUGCAAGGUGUGUUCGAGGUUGGUGAGGAGGUCAAGUGCCUGGUAAUGGGACUGGAUCCUGGCUACACCAACAUCUCUCUCUCCAUCGCAGAGCUCGAGCUAGAGGAGGGUGACGUGUUGUGCAACAAGCAGCGCGUUUGGGAGAAGGCAGAGGAGCAGGCUGGGCUAUUCAGAGCCCAUCUCGACGAGCUGAGAGAGCAAGGCUAUGAUUUUGAUCAGCAAGUCGAUGCCUAA